AAACACGUCAAAUGAGCAUGGAUCAAUCCCUCCAUCCCAAUGUUAUUCUUCGAUUGAGCUAUCCUUCGCUCUCGGAGCACUUCAUCGAUUUGAUCGGCAUCCAACCGUCUAUCGAACAUGUAAAUACAACCAACGCCCGCUUGCUGGACCUGAUCCACGCCGAAGCUCUGCCACCGACUGUCUAUAAGAUAUGGCUGCCUAUUGCACUGAAGCACUGUCCGCACAUUCUAUCUACGACCUUACGCGAUCCAGUCUCGCACUACAUCCGCGCGAUCGGCAUCCAGCAGCUAGCUCGCAUUUCGCGGAGCGCUAGCUGGAAAACGCGGGGAUGGAACGUCCUGGGCAAUGUGGAAGGAAUUAGAGAUAUUGUGCAAGACCUUUCUAUCAUAGAGAUAAGGAGCUUAUUAGAUGCUAUCGCGCAAAGCAUACGUCGCCCAGACGAAGAUUUGCCAGCCCACAUUGAGCAGCUCGUCCAUCUUCUUCAUGAUGACAAGUCGUCCCGAUCCAUAGGGCACUACCUGGACACUCUCUUGCCGUUGUGCACGUCGCCCUUCGUGGAGAAUGCUUUGUCAUCUCUUCCAGAAGGGCGGCUAAACCAUCGUCUAUUUGACAGAAUUUCUCUGCGCCAUCCUGCGUUGUUGCGACGAAUAGCUACGGGUCAAGUCACCGUGUCUCAUUCUGCACAGAAGGAUGCAACCAAGUACUGUAUGCGGGCAAUGAUCUGGUCUUUGACACCAUACACGCCUGUCUAUUAUAAACCUGACUCUGCGCCCUCACUGCCGGGUAUUCGUUUUAUUCUGGACUUGCUCCACACGAUGGCUGAGAAGGACCCGAAGAAGCUGGAAUUAUCGUCGAUAAAGCCAUAUAUUCACGACGCACUCCGUCAUAUUUGCCGACAAAAAGCUUACUUUCAAGAAAUAUAUAUAUUGUUUGAAAAAACGCUUCCACUCGUCGCGAUCCACAGCGACGAAGAACUUACCGAGCUACUUGUCACCGAGUUGAUCCGUUGCUGGUCGAUUGCCGGUUUUGGUACCGCGACUGAGACAAAUUCGCCUUUGGAGACUCUACCUCACCCGAAGCAUCCAUCUCGGCCCUCGACGGACGAUAAAGACCGUCUGGAAGGUUUGUUGAUAGACGUUUUACAACGGUGCUCAAUAGAGAUAUCGCAAAGCGACGGCGAAUCAUCGUUUGAGACAAUACAAGACAUACUGGAAGACAUCGCAGCGGAAGCUCGAUUCCCGUUCCUCAAGCUAGUCUGCCGCCAUUCAAAAGAUAUUGAGAUCGACUUGGACCUCCCUCCAACAGGAAAGGAAAAGAAACUUCUUGCGAUUUGGCCCUACAGCAUAAUGGAGCUCCUGCCUGCCGCCGACAUCAGACGGCUUUUCGACAGGAUGUUCCUGAUUCACGGCUGUACUGAGUAUGUACCUGUACUUGAUGGGCCGGAUAGCAUCUUGUCAUGGCCUGCUCAAUGCCAGCUGAAGGCUCGAUGUGAGGCCGACGUGGCGACAACGGACCACCAUUUCCCAACGACCAAAGCCGGGAUUUCCGAGAUGAGAAAGAGAGCAGAAAAAGAGAAAGAUCCUAAAAACCGACUAUACUGGGGGAAGCAAGCCUUAGAAACCGCGCUAGUGAGCAGAUCAUUGGAGCUGAUAAGUGAGGUUAUACAAUGGUCAGCACGAUUUGUGCGGGAUAGCGCUGUGUUCCCCGGAUUAGUGGAGACCUACGUAUCCAGCGAUGAGUUGCCUUUGCUCCUAGGAUGUGAUGAAUCCCGGUUUUUAGGUAGACCGAGGACAUUGCAUGCGUUACAAGAGCAAAGAGAACACGCAGACAGCAUCUUAAUGAAUGUACUUAGAGUACUAACGAAAGCAUCGAAAGAGCCAUCGUACAGAGCAGGCACUUCCCGAGAUUUAAUGCCCUUCAUUGGCAAAAUUGUGGAAAGCCGAAUGAGAGCAUUGCGCCAGUCUCAAAGCAAAGGGAUUGCAAGCCAAGCUGACCUCGUCGCACUGUUAUUAAACCCACUGAUAGAUGUUAUCCUGCGCUACGACCAUAUCGGAAUCGAAUUGAGCUGGUGGAAAGAACAUGGUGUUGUGAUGUCGGCGUUGGGAGUUGACCAAUUCAAUUCGCAGGUCUUUUUAUCCUUUAUGGACCACCUAACCCGGCGCCAUGACGAGUAUUGGAAGGCUAAGCGCACGCAAGAGAGAGAUAAUCACAAUAAACAUGUCGGAUUUCCAGAGGGACUGACUGUACGGCAUCUUAUACCUUCAUAUCUGAUACCGCUUGUCCUUGAGAAACCAGAUGCGACACCAUAUACUGCAACCAGAGUUCAUGCUGUCCUCUUUGGUUCAGUUGAUGUCUUGAUGACUCCUGUGUCGAAAUCCCAACUCGAAGAUGAUACGGCAGUGGAUGAACUGGGCAAAGUCAUAUUCUCGUAUAUCUCCCGUUGCAGUCGCAAGCUCCAGGCUGAGCGAGUGUUACGUGUUUGGAAGUACUAUGCCACAAUUCUGGAGCCGUACCCAGAUCACUUGAGCAUGUUUCGACAAUGGCUUGCCAGGAAGGCUAAAGAAUGGAACUUGCGGAAGGUCGCCUGGAUCAUCAACCCCACUUCAAUCCCAGAUUGGCACUACCCAGAUUCUACCUCGGGAGCUGACGCGGUGAAAUGGGAUCCCUGCGGUCAUGCUGGAAAGGAUGAGAUAGCCACUCCCCUUACGGUUCUUCACUGCCGCAUGAAAGGUGAAGUUCCAUUAACCGAUGUGGUAACAGAGCAAAUGAAGCGAAUUCGUGGCCCUGCACAAAUUUGGAUGUCUGAUGAACAGUUGCUUCAGAAUAUGUCAUUGAAAGAGUGCGAUACGCUUGUCCUUUCGGCCUUGCUUUUCCUCGGAACCCUGACUAAUAAACCACUCCUAUCUGAGGCCUUUCCAACCUCAGAAGCUGCACGAUGGCCGCCUAUUGUUCUAGACAGUCGUUUUGUCUCCUUGACAAAGAAAGGAACGCAUAACUCGAUUAUUCAGGCAACCCAGGCCAUCAAAAAAGGGAUCAAGUUUGUGCCUGCACAGGCACUACGCCAUCUGAUAACUUCGUUGCUUGAUAGCCUACCACAGGCCCCUGCUUCCAAAUAUUCAAUGCUCUUCCAAUGCAUUGUGAAGUUGAUCAAGUUGUUCCCCUCGAUGGACCAGCCGCAGUUGGGCAUGGACUUUGUCUUGCAUAUCAUCAAAGAUUUCCCUGACGAUUCGGCAUAUCAUCGACAUCUGAGAGUGUCCGACUUGGGUAAAGCUCUUGAUCCCCAGCAUGCAGUGUUACUCAUGCAGUCGCUGGCAGACUUUGUAUGUGAACGACUGCGUAGUCCAUCUGAAUUCGUCAAAGUCACAACGGUCAAGAUGGUGGUUCAACUGGUCGCAGCGGCCGAGUUCAUCCCCACUAGAAACAGCCUGUCCAUCUUGCAAUCCAUCUACGAAGCCUCCUCACAUACUGACGUCCGGGCCGAGGUGGUCUCAGCAAUACUGUUUCUUCUUGAACGUGAUUCAGUCCAGGCCGACAAUCUAUAUUCGUUUCUCCGCGAGCUAACGCUUUCGGCUGUUGGACCCAAUAGAACGGACCAGAUAUCUAAGUGGACAAUUGCUGAGCAGGAAGGCAGGCUUCCCGAUGUCUCCGAUUUCUGUUCGCAGCAUACCAUCGAGCUUUUCACGCUCGCUGCUUUCCACAAAAUCCAUGAAAGCGAUCGCGGGCGGUACGCCCAAGACAUCCUGCUACCGAUGGUUGACGAAUCCAUCAAGCACCACAACCGCUGGAUGAAGAGUUUCCUGCGCCACUUUGACCUGGCCCCUGAAGACUUCGAUAUUGACUUUGGCCCUUUUGUCCCUGACACUGUUAAUUUUGUGCUCAAUAUUUGGCACGACUAUUUACCCGCGUCCUUCCUUGUCCACGACUGUUUCUUCGCCGUAACAUACACUGCCAACGCUUCAUUUGAAAUAAUCAACUCCCAUCUCACCACCUCCCCCAAAGCCAGUUCCCUAGAAAGCACGGCAGCCCUUCAGCACUGGAAUGAAGUGUUGGAUUCUCACCGCAGAGUCAACCCGUUCCAUUCUCUGCAGGUCCUUCUCUCGCGAGACUUGCAGUCCACCCUACCACAAAACACAGGAAUCACCGACGAAAUCAUAUGCCCGGAAUAUCGACAUCGCGCCGGAAUCGUGGCACGCAGUCCAAUGAAGCAUUAUAAUCUUUCCCACGAACGCAUUGCGGCCCAUUCCGUGCUUGUGAACGGCUUGACAGCGCUGCGCGGACCUCGCGACGCCCCGGGGAACUCAGUGGAUCGACACAACCUCUUCAAGACUCUGAUGCAGGAUAUAGUGGAUGAUAUUGAGACAUUGAGGCGCGAGAACAAAGGCAACGCUAUUAGCGCAAAACUUCCAUCUCCUAUACAACUGCAGGCAAAGCUCCUCCCGGCCCCAGACUUCAACCCCCUCGUUGAGGACCCAUUGAGCUCGUUUGCGGAUGCACUGGUCGAAUUAAUUGGGAAAUGCACUGAUCCAAUGACAGUAUUGGAUUCUCAUCACAUCGAAGUCAUGAUGGGCACAGUUGAUACCGAUCUGACCAUCCCUCUGGUGUUGAAGCUGGGAAGUGGGUUGGAUAUAAACACCACGGAUACGGCAACUUGUUUGACGGUGAAGAUUGCGGCGAAGUUGCUGUCGAAGGUAAAGAGGGCUGACAUUCUGGCGAACGAGGAUCUGGUGAUCCUGUUGACGACGUGGAAGGAGAGUUCGAAUGAAUAUAUCAGUCGAAUGGCAUGGGUUGUUACGGGAUGAAGACACAGCCUUGGACAAGUGGAUCUAGUAUAUUAAGCAUUACUUAUCA